AUGCCCUUUGCCAGAGCAGCUCCCCUGCGUUCCGCCCUCCGAUCCUCGGCGCGCCGGACCAUCCGUCCCCAGUUCCGUUCCCAGGUCGGCCAGAGGACCUACGCCAGCCAACAUGGCGCGAAGCCCCAGAGCGAGCUCCCUCUCGCCAUUGGCUCAGUAGUCUUCUUCGCCGCGGGUCUGGCCGUAAUCCAGCCGUGGAGCGCUCCCGCGCCGGCCAAGGGCCACGGCGACGCUCAUGCCAAGCAUGACGAGGAGGAGAAGCACGAUGAGCCUGAGGAGAAGGAAGGGAAGGAGGACGACAAGUCCGAGGAGAAGAAGGAGCCCAAGGAGGAAAAGAAGUCUGAUGAUUCCGAGGAGAAGCCCAAGGAGGAGAAGAAGGAGGAUGAGUCUGGGGAUAAGCCCAAGGAAGAGUCCAAGGACGAGAAGAAGGGCGAGGAUAAGGAAGAAAAGUCUGAUGACAAGAAGGAAAAAUCUGAAGACAAGAAGGAGGACAAGUCCGAGGAUAAGAAGGAGAAGUCUGAGGACAAGAAGGAAGAAAAGUCCGAAGAUAAGAAGGAAGACUCCAAGGAUGAGAAGAAGGAGGACAAGAAGGAGGAUAACUAA